GUUGGUGUUGUUGCCAACAAAGAGGUUCAUGAGGUUGAAUUUGUAGGUGUCAAAAACAAUCCGAAGUUCACCAAAAGUUUUGACAAAGCUGCUGUCCUUGACAACGUUGUAGACAUCAAAAUUUUUGACAACGAAGUUGCUAAUGUUGCUGCACUUUUUGAGGGUGUUGAAGUCAAAGAUAAGGUCAUUAACGAGGCUGCCAAUGAAGGAAUAAUCAAGUGUGAUGCAACUGCCAUUAAAGUGUCACACGAGAGUGAUGAUCUUACAAUUGAUUUGUUUGGUGUUGAUAAUUCGUCUAGUAGAAGGUCUAGCUCAUCAAAGCUUAGCUUUCAUGACAUUGGAUACAAAAUAUUUGAAUAUGUCAAUUGGAUU